AUGAGCACAAACUGCCGAUUUUACGAAAACAAGUACCCCGAGGUGGACGAGGUGGUGAUGGUGAACGUCCAGGAGAUCGCUGAGAUGGGUGCCUACGUCAAGCUUUUGGAGUACGACAACAUCGAGGGUAUGGUGCUUUUGUCUGAAUUGUCCAGAAGACGUAUCCGUUCGAUCCAAAAGUUGAUUCGUGUGGGCAAAAACGAAGUUGCAGUUGUUUUGAGAGUCGACAAAGAGAAAGGUUACAUUGAUUUGUCCAAGAGAAGAGUCUCUGCUGAGGACAUUGUCAAGUGCGACGAGAGAUACAACAAGUCCAAGGCCGUCCACUCGAUCUUGAGACACUGUGCUGAAAAAUACGGUGUUUCCUUGGAACAGCUCUAUCAGACCGUGGGCUGGCCCUUGCUGAGGAAGUACGGUCACGCAUACGACGCUUUUAAGUUGUCCAUCACCGAUCCUUCCAUCUUCGACGGUAUCGAGGCUCCUUCCACAGAAAUUUUGGAGGAGUUGAAAUUGUACAUUAGCCGCAGAUUGACACCUUCUGCCAUCAAGAUCAGAUCCGACGUUGAGGUCUCCUGCUUCUCCUACGAGGGUAUCGAUGCCAUCAAAACUGCUUUGCAAGCCGCCACCUCAGUCUCCACAGAACAGAUGCAAGUCAGAGCCAAGUUGAUUGCCGCUCCUUUGUACGAAAUCUCCACUCAAGCUUUGGACAAGAACCAGGGUGUUGCUUUGUUAGAGAAAGCCGUCGAAAAGGUCGCUGAGUCCAUCGAGGCCAGCGGUGGUAACUGUAAGAUCACCAUGGCUCCUAAGGCCGUCAGUGCCUCUGAGGAUGCCGAGUUGCAGGCUCUUUUGGAGAGAAAGGCUGCCGAGGACAAGGACUCUUCCGAUGAGGAAGAGGAGGACUAA